AUGGGCCAAACCGUUUCCAAAAAAAGGGAAAGUAGGCAAGCUGUCUUGCCUGAUAACCAUGAAAAAGAGUACUCUAAUGGAAAUACUGUUAAUUCGCUGAGUGAAUAUAUGAAAAUGGACACCAGUAACGUCACACCAUCAAAUGCUACAGAGGAUAGUAAUAGUUCACCGAACUCGCCCAUUUCCCUUUCGUCACCAAUGGAGCCUAUUCUUUUGCGAGUAAAUGGAAACGGAGAAAAAAGUGAUUCCAACAAUAUCUCACUUAGUUCGACUCUCAGCUAUGGAUAUAGUAGUAACAACACCAACACUUAUGUUUCUACUGUAACAUCUAAUAAUAAUGAUCGUGUUAAGCCGUUGGAUAUCGAUGAGAUGAUACAAAGACUCAAGAACGCAGGAUAUUCAGGAAAGGUUUCAAAAUCCGUUUGUCUGAAAAAUGCAGAAAUAACAACAAUUUGUCAAACAGCACGUGAGAUUGUUUUAUCACAGCCAACUCUUAUUGAACUUUCACCUCCUGUGAAAAUUGUCGGUGAUGUCCACGGUCAAUAUACCGAUCUUAUUCGGUUAUUUGAAAUGUGUGGAUUUCCACCGCAGGCGAAUUAUUUGUUUCUUGGUGAUUAUGUUGAUCGUGGUAAACAGAGUUUGGAGACCAUUCUAUUGUUACUCUGUUACAAGAUUAAGUAUCCGGAAAACUUUUUCUUGCUACGAGGAAAUCACGAAUGCGCCAAUGUUACGCGAGUAUAUGGAUUUUACGAUGAAUGUAAACGUCGUUCCAAUGUCAAAAUUUGGAAGACCUUUGUUGACGUAUUUAAUUGCCUGCCGAUAGCAGCAAUUGUGGCCUCAAAAAUCUUUUGUGUUCAUGGAGGUCUCUCGCCAUCACUCACCACAAUGGACGAAAUUAGACACAUACAAAGGCCACAGGAUGUACCGGACUUUGGUCUACUAAACGAUCUUCUUUGGUCAGACCCAUCUGAGACUGCAAUUGAUUGGGAAGACAAUGAACGAGGUGUCAGUUAUUGCUUUGGAAAAGCAAUAAUUCACGAAUUUCUGGCACGGCAUGAUUUCGAUUUGGUCUGUCGUGCGCACAUGGUAGUCGAAGAUGGAUACGAGUUUUUCAAUGAAAGAACUUUGGUGACUGUGUUCUCUGCGCCUAAUUACUGCGGUGAAUUCGAUAAUUAUGGUGCAGUGAUGAAUGUGAACGAGGAAUUACUGUGCAGCUUUGAGUUACUUAAACCACAAGAUGCACCUUUGCCAAAAUUGCAAACAUUCAAAGGAAAACGACGUCCAAGUGGCAUUCCAUAUAUAGCAUCAGGAACACAUAGUCCACCUCUCGAUGAAGUUUCUCAAACAGGAUAG